GCUUUGAAUUACUGUACCAGCCAGAUGUGGUUCGGCUGUACCUCUCCAUCCUCACCGAAAGUCAGAAUUUCAACACCCUAGAAGCUGCAGCAGGGGCCUUGCAGAACCUCAGCGCUGGGAACUGGACAUGGUCCACGUACAUCCGUGCCACGGUGCGGAAGGAGAGGGGCCUGCCGGUGCUCGUGGAGCUUCUCCAGUCUGACUCUGACAAGGUCGUGAGGGCUGUCUCAAUUGCCCUGAGAAACCUUUCCAUGGAUCUUCGCAAUAAAGAUCUUAUAGGUAGUUAUGCCAUGGGUGAACUGGUAAGAAAUUUGCCCAGCAGGCAGCAGAGGUCUUCAAAGAACUUGGAAGAGGACACAGUGGUUGCAGUGUUGAACACCAUCCAUGAAAUCAUUACUGACAGUUCAGAAAACGCAAGGUCUCUGAUCCAGACGCAGGGCAUUCAGAAGUUGGUAGCUAUCAGCAAGUCAAGCCAGUCUCCCAGAGAAACAAAAGCAGCAUCUCACGUCCUUCAGAUGAUCUGGAGCUAUAAAGAGCUGCGAAAUGCCCUGCAGAAGGAUGGAUGGAACAAGUCCCACUUCCAGUCUGUUUCUGCAGCCCCAAAGGGUUCUAAAGGUACCGCUGGCAAGUCUGGCUAUGACGACAGCACUUUGCCUCUGGUGGAUAAAAGUCAAGAUAACGAGAAGUCUGGGAGUCGUGAUAUGAUACCUAUGGAUGAGCUUGGCCCAGAUGGAUACUCCACUAUUGACCACCGGGACAAGGAGCGCAAGUUCAAGACCAGCGAUAACACGGGGGAUGCCUCAGAGAAGGAACCUUUAAAAGGCUAGAGUCCAACCACAUUUUUUUAAUUGAGGGGGGAAAAAAAAAAUCCAUUGAAGCGACACAGAGGAUCUCAUUAGUCACCACUGCCAUUGGGAGCUGGAGGGCGCCGCAUCACUG